UCGAGAAGGGUCACGUGCAAUGGUCAUGGCCAGAACUCGAGCUACUUCCUGGGUUGGCAAGAGUACGAGAGAAACCCUUAUCACCAUAUCACCAACCCUUCCGGAAUGAUUCAGAUGGGCCUCGCCGAGAAUCAGCUCUCCUUCGAUCUUCUCGAGACGUGGCUCGCUUCACACCCUGAAGCCACUGACUUCAAGAAUGCCGGCGGCAGCCUUUCCCUCUUCCGGCAGCUUGCUCUAUUCCAAGACUACCAUGGUUUACCAGCUUUCAAAGUAGCACUAGCUGAGUUCAUGAGCGAAUUGAGAGGAAACAAAGUAAGCUUCGAUCCAAACAAACUCGUCCUCACUGCCGGAGCCACUUCUGCCAACGAGACCCUCGUCUUCUGCCUCGCCAACCCCGGUGAAGCCUUCCUCAUCCCCACGCCGUACUAUCCAGGGUUCGAUCGUGAUCUCAAAUGGCGAACAGGAGCCGAAAUAAUCCCAAUUCACUGUUCCAGCACCAAUGGCUUCCGCCUCUCCAAACAAGCUCUCGAAGACGCCUACCGCUGCGCCACCAAACUCAAACUCCAAGUCAAAGGCGUGCUCAUCACCAACCCGUCAAACCCUCUCGGCACCACCAUGACUCCAAUCGAGCUUAGCACCCUCGCCGACUUCAUCGAAGCUAAGAACCUCCAUCUCAUUUGUGACGAAAUCUACUCCGGCACCAACUUCAUCACCCCUGCAGACUUCAUCAGCAUCAAACAAGUAGUUGCUCAGCGCCCCCAUCUCUCUAACCAAGUUCACAUCGUAUACAGUCUAUCCAAAGACCUCGGCCUCCCGGGCUUUCGCGUUGGCGCCAUUUACUCCGAAAACGAUCUUGUCGUCGAAGCUGCCACGAAGAUGUCGAGCUUCGGCCUCGUCUCUUCGCAGACUCAGUAUCUCCUUGCCAAGAUGCUCGGAGACAAAGAGUUUACGAGAAACUAUGUUGUGGAGAAUAAGGCCAGGCUUAAGGAAAGACAUUAUAAGCUUGUCAAUGGCCUUGGCGAUAUUGGUAUCGAGUGUUUGGAGAGUAAUUCAGGUCUGUUCUGUUGGGUUGAUAUGCGUCAUUUGCUCAAGAGGAAUAGCUUUAAAAGUGAAUUGGAGCUUUGGAAGAAGAUAGUGUAUGAUGUUGGACUAAACAUAUCGCCCGGUUCGUCUUGCCAUUGCACCGAACCGGGUUGGUUUAGGGUGUGUUUUGCAAACAUGACGGAGGCCACGCUCGACCUCGCCAUGCAGCGGCUUAGGGACUUUGUGCAAAAUGGAGGUGUGAUGCGGCGGCAACGUAGGCUUGGACCAGUGAAGAUUGCGUGGUGGGCUCGACGGCUGUUAACGGCGUCGGAGAAGAGGGUGGAGCAGCUCUCACGCUAG